AUUAGGAACAAAUUUUGUUUUAUAUCAAAAAUAAAAUUAUAUAAAAUUAUUCAAUUGUCAAUUUAAUAAAAUUAUAUAUGUUAAUAAAUUUGAAUGGUGGGAAGACCAAGGAAAUCAGGUGGUAAAAGAUCUAAAUCUGCCUCACCUGCUCCUAAAUCUAAUACAAGGCCUGGAAGGUCUCCGAAGUUGAAACCUGUUAAAGAUACUCCACCGAAAGUUGAAGAAUCAACUAACAGAAGGUCUUCCAGAACCUCCAAAAGGUCACUUUCACGCAGCAAAUCACCAGUUCAACCAUCUAAAUCACCUAGUAAAUCGCCAGCCAAAAGGGCUAAAUCUUCAUCUAAAUCCCCCUCAAGGCCUAAAAAAGGUCAGAAAGUUAAUGAGGAUAAUGAGUUAUCUGAGAAUAACAAUAAGAGUUUGGAUGAAACCCUCACUAUCGCACAAUGUGAAGAACCUUUAAAUGAUCAAAAUGAAUCUCCUGUACCUAAAGUUUCAGAUCCUCCCAAAGUUAAGGUCUUGAAUUGUCCGUAUUUGGGUACUAUAAACCGUCACCUUUUGGACUUUGAUUUUGAGAAGGUUUGUUCCAUUACACUCAGUAACAUUCACGUUUACGCCUGCCUCGUCUGUGGGAAGUAUUUUCAAGGAAGGGGUAAAAACACUUACUGCUAUACACACGCACUGGAGGAGUGUCAUUAUUUGUUUAUGAACCUCGAGGACUGCAGAGUCUACUGCAUUCCCGAAAACUACCCUGUUGAUGACGCUUCACUUGACGAUAUUAAGCAUUUUUUAAAACCUGUUUACACUAAAAAAGAUGUUGAAACUUUAUCAACUCAAGUUAUUUACGGGAAGGCAUUAGAUGGAACUGAUUUCAUUCCAGGUUGUAUUGGAUUAAAUAACUUGAAAAAUACAGACUAUUUUAAUGUAAUAAUACAGUUGAUUUGUGUUGUGGUACCGUUGCGCAACUUGUUCCUUGUUUUUGAUGUAAACAAAGUUCAACCCCCGGAUCCUGUGAUAACCACACUUUCUCAGCUCAUACGCAAAAUCUUUAACGUUAAAAACUUCAAGGGCAUUGUUUCACCUCACGAAUUUGUUCAAUCUGUUGGAAUAGUGACAAACGGUUUAUAUAAGAUUGGAGUCCAAUCUGACCCUGUUUCUCUUUUAUCAUGGCUUUUGGCUCGAAUACACCAGAAGUUACAUAACAAAAACACUAAAGAGAGUAUUGUGACUAAGACCUUCGGGGGCGAGUUACUCAUCAAAACACUCAAAAAGAAUCGCUGGGAAACUGAACGUCAGCCUUUCAGGAUGUUAAGUUUAACUGUUCCAGAGGCCCCAAUCUUUAAGGAUUCUAUGGACACUAACGCUAUUCCACAGGCACAAAUAUUUGAGUUAUUGAGUAAGUAUGAUGGCGUGACUGAGACCGUCAACUCAAGCGGAGAUGUUUGCACUUAUAAGUUAUCAAAGUUACCAACGUACCUCAUUUUGAUAAUUAAAAGGUUCACCAAAAACAACUUCUUCCUGGAGAAAAACCCAACCAUCGUCUCAUUUCCAAUGAAAAAUCUAGACCUCAAAGAUUAUGUAACUGAAGAAAUUAAAGAUUCAGUAACGAGAUAUGAUUUGUAUUGUAACGUAUGUCACGAAGGGAAGCCAACUGGAGGUAUAUUUAAAGUUCACGUGUAUCAUCCACCCUCUGGAAACUGGUUCCAAAUGGAAGAUCUACUAGUUACUUCCAUACUUCCACAGCAAGUUGCCCUCACAGAAUCAUAUGUUCAAGUAUAUAAGAGGCAAGAUUCAGGAAGUGCGAAGGAGGAGGAAGUGGAUAUGUUUUCAUAA